UAAUUUCAUGUAAAGCGCCAUCGUUUCUGUUGUGCUAAAACCCUACGAGGCCAUUACUUAGGGUUUUGACUGGGCAGAGUUGCUCUUCGAAUUCCUAAUUUUCAAGAAUCAGCAUGGCCUCGUCUCCCAAACCCAUUCCUAUUAUCGAGGAAAAUUAUGGGCUCGCAUUCCACCAAUCAAUGCAACAACUCGUAGAUGAAAUGCACAAAGAAACAUUAAAUUUGUCUCAUUUCAUCAAUGUAUUCUACCGAUUAAUGCAAUCGAAAGUUGAUCCUCCUAUAGGAACGAUCUGGAUCUACUCUGCUUUGUCCUUCAGGAGGCGAAAAACAGCAAACCAGGAUCUUUCAGAUCAUAUUCUGAUUGUAAAGGAACUGUUUCAACUUAUUUCGAGAUGCUCAGGUCCGUGUAGUGCUUCGAAAAGCAUAGCAUUGCUAGCUCCUGUUGUUUUCCAAGUUUAUAAUUUGGUUGUUGAGUUAUUGGGCAAAGAUUUGGGAGCUAGGAGAGUGAAGAAAGCUGCUAAGGAGGCGAAGUCUUUGAUUGGGGAGAUUAUUGGAUAUGUAAGUGUGUGUUGUGGUAAGGAUGUCAGUAAGGAAAGUGAUUCAAAUUUGAGUGUAUCGUUUUUAGAUUUGGCUAGUCUCUGGAUUGAUGGGAACGACGGCUUUAAGGGUUUUUUACCUCUCACGAGUGAUGAGAUAUAUAAAGAGAUUAGUGUUGGAGGGUCAACAGUUGCAUACUUGGCUGGAGUUGUUAUUUCUGAGGUUUUCUUGUUGAAGCUAUGCUUGGAUUUACGAAUAGGGAAUCGAGGGGAAGAGCUGGAGAAGGAACUGAGGAGUUGGAUUGUUGGCUCAAUAACUGGGUUACAGAGCUUCUACUUCUUCGAGACUCUUAUGAGGAUGCUGUUGGAGCCAGCCUUGCCUGUGACUUCACUAUUGAGUUCUGAAGAUGAAAGUUUUUUGAGGAGAAUUCUGUAUGAUGCUGCUAUUUUGGUAGAAUAUUCUUUUCUCAGUCCUGAGAAAGCAGUUAAUAUAACAGCCAAUCACGUGAGAGAUCUAGCAGUGAAAAGAUUGAUAAUUACACAUGAAGCCAUAGAGCUUUUCAGAAAAAGUGGGGACCAAAAGAGAGCUAUUGCUUAUAGUAGUUCUUUCUCCAAUUCCGGAUUCCGUACCCAAAUUAUCCAGUAUAUCACAAGCCAGGUUGGCAUAGGGGAGGAAGCAAGUAGAUUGAAGGGAGCAUCACCUAAAGCCCUUAUAAAGUUUUUACUAAACCUUGAUGGUCAAGGCAUAAGGCUAUUUGAUGAUACUAUCUCCAAAUUCCAUGCCAAAUUAGCCUUUGAUGAUUCCAAGUCUGACUAUGAGCAACUAGCAUUUAAGCCAGGGGGAAAGAAAGCAGAUGCUGAUCUGUUUUACAUUGAUAACAAAGGAGAAGAGGAAAACCUUGGCGAGGAUGAUAAGGAGGUAAAUGAGUCCAUGAGCAAUGCCUUCAUAGCUUCUGCACAGAGAAUGAGAUUGACGGAAAAUGGAGGAAAAAAACGGAAAGAAGAGAGAAACGCCAGAAAGAAGAAAAAGAUAAAACUUCUUAAGCAUACCCUCUCUGACACUUCUGAUUCAGAUGAAGAGAGGUCCACAUCUGCCAGUGAUGAUGAUUCAGGUAGUGAGAGUGAAGUUGAGAAUCCAACUUCUGAUGAAGAUGUUUAAAUGAAGGGGCAGUGUGUUUCCUUUAAGGGAAAAUAUUGACAAUCAUGUUGUAAUCACUUGAUUUUGCUUCAAAAUCGAUGUUUUACUGUGCACGAGCAUUUGCUGCAAUACUUCUUGCCCUUGUAAAGGAUUUGAAGUUGCAUCAUAGCCAUUCAUGAAUAGACAAUGCUGGAGUAUGCAUGAAUACAAUUUUUUCUCUUUACAAUA